AUGACAACAAAUCGUUCAGUACCAAUUGUUGUCAUAUCAUCCGAAAAUAUUCCAAAUAAAAUUCGUAAUAUUGAUGAUAUUGAAUAUGAAUUAUCACAAAGUUUUCUUCCAUUAAAAUCAACACCAUCACGAAAAAGUAAAGGUCGAUCUCUAAUCAAAUAUAAAAGUGCUCCACCAGUUCCAAUAAUAAAUGAUGAAAAUAAUGAUAUUAAAGAGAAUGAAAUUACACGAUUACAUGUUAUCUCACAUAUUUUACCUCGAUUUCCUGUCCGUCAUGGUAUUAAACAAAAACGUAAACAUACAAAGAAAAAAAUUUUGGCUGAAAAAAAUAAUAUUAUGCAACAAGAAAAUAUGGAUAAAAUUCUUCUUGAACCAAAUUUAUCAAACGAUGAUACUAAUACAAUAAAAAAGAAACAAUUUAAAAGUAAUUUAAUACAAUUAACACCUGAUGAUCUUCAACAAACAGCAUUAAAAAUUCAAGAAAAAUAUUUUCAUGGAAAAACUAGUGAAUAUUUAAUGAUUAAUGUUCUUCAUGGAAAUGAAUUCGAUGAAUGGUUUAGAUAUUUAAGAGCUGGCUUCAAUAUUCUUCUACAUGGUGUUGGCUCAAAAAAAUCGCUUAUAUCACUUUUUUUCAAGAAAUAUUUAAAAAAUGAAUAUCUUACAUUUAUUAUCAAUGGUUUUCUCCCAAAUAUUACAAUUAAACAAGUCCUUCAAACUAUCUGUUCAUGUUCAGAGAUUAAUAUUAAUCCAUCGAAUAGUAAUGAUGAAUGUAUACAAGAUAUAAUAAAAAAACUUGAAAAAGAAAAAUUACACAUUUAUUUAUUGAUAAAUAAUAUCGAUGGAAUGAAUUUUCGUAAUAUUAAUGUACAAAAUAUAUUUAAAUCAGCAGCACAAUGUCAAUAUAUUCAUAUUUUUGCUACUAUUGAUCAUAUACAUGGACCAUUAAUUUGGAAUCAACAAAGUCUUAAUAGUUUUCGAUGGAUAUGGUAUACUGUACAUACAUGGUUACCUUAUAUUGAUGAAACAACUAAUGAAAGACUUAAUACAAUUCGUUUAAAAACAAGUCAAUUAUCAAUUACUGCUGUUGAACAUGUUAUUGAAAGUUUAACACCAAAUGCACGACGAAUUUUUCGUUUACUUGUGGAAGCAUUUUUGGCUAAUAGUAAUUCAAAAGAUUAUGAAGGCAUGAAAUUUACUGAAUUAUAUGAACAAUGUAAACGUUCAUUUUAUGUAAAUAAUGAACAAAAUCUUCGUUUACAAUUAAUUGAAUUUAUUGAUCAUCGUCUUAUUAAACUUGGUAAAAGUACAAAUGAUGGACAAGAAAUUGUUCGAUUACUUAUUGCUGAACAAGAUAUUGUUAAACAAUUAUUAGAUAAACUCAAAUAA